AUGAGGAUAUACCCUGUCUUUCAUGUUUCAAUACUAAAGCCAUACAAGGAAUCACCAAAUGAGUUCUCACAUGCUGCACCACCAUCACCUGUCACCAUACCUGGAUCUGAUGAACCGGAAUAUGAA